UAGGAGGACUUGAACAGUGAUACAGGAUUUGCCAACCAGUUGUUUCCUGAUCACAAUUGUGUUAUUUCAUGGUGAAGAUUGGAAAGAAAAUUUGCACACCAUGGAGCAGAUGAUCGUUAGCUUAUCAGGUCGCAUUCACCUCUGGACGUACCUCUCUAUGGCAGGCUGGUUAACUCUAAACAUUUGCCUCACAAACAUCAAUAAAUGGCUCUUCAUGAGUUAUGGCUUCCCAUACCCACUUUUCGUCACGGCACUUCAUAUGCUCUCCACGGCCAUUUUCGGUUUUGUCGUCAUCCGCUUCACACCUUUCGGGGCUGCUUACGGGGAAGGCAACGCCCGUUUGAAAUUCGCUCCUCAUCUCAGUCCAAAGAUCUUCAUUUUGAGCGUGGUAUCAACCGUCAGUAUUGCUUGCGGAAAUAUCGCCUUAAAACAUUUAUACGUGUCGUUCGUGAAGAUGAUUAUGGCAGUGACUCCUCUUGCCACUGUCGUCAUAUCAAAAGUACUGUUUGGAAGAGAGUUUGAUCAGUUUGUAUAUUUGUCCAUGCUACCUCUGUGCUUUGGAUCUCUUUUAUGUACCAUUGGUGAAGUUAAUUUCAGUGUAUUUGGAUUCAUUGCUGCCUUUACUGCUACGUUAUUAAGAGCCGGUAGAUCUGUUCUUCAAGGUGUGUUACUCAAGGAUGAGCGAAUUGACUCGGUCCGCCUCCUCUACCAUAUAUGCAUACCGAGCUUCCUCCAACUAGGCGUAGCUUCUCUCCUCUUCGAAGGAGGUGCACUCUGGGACCCAAGGCUGAGUACAAGUAUUGAACUGUGGACCCUCAUUAUUCUUAGCUGUAUAUGUGCUGUGGGAUAUAACAUCAUGACCUUCCUAGUCACCUACUAUACUUCACCAGUCACACUUCAGGUACUAGGUAACAUCAGUAUUGUACUGACUGUAGGCCUCUCCCUACUCAUCUUCCAGAAUGAGGUCUCACUCCUCAGCAUUGUUGGUAUUGCUAGCAUUGUUCUUGGAAGCCUGAUGUACCAGGAAGCUGAUGUAGCCAGACGAUUCUUCCAUCGCAUCAUGUAACGAUCAUUGCUGCCCAUCAUUUAGUACCAUUUCUUGAUCAGAUUUGUAAUUAACUUUAGCUAGUAUACACUGUACAGUACGUAUCCCAAAAAAGGAAGUAUACCCCCACAAAUCUUGUGUGUGUGAUUUUGUUGACCCUAAUUUAAACACUAUCUUUUAUAGGCUACAGUUUUGUUUUGGAAUAAUAUUUUGUUCCAACACACAUGUCAUCGAAUGUCUACCUGACCAUUUCUGUAAGGCUUGCGCUUUUCAAAGAUGUUAGUAAGAAGUUAUAUAUUAUGUAACUUCUUACUAACAUCUUUGAAAAGCACAAGCCUCAUUUGUUUAAAAUUACAUUAAGCUGCUUUUUAUUUUUUAUUUUU